CUUUGAGUGCUAUAGCCGUUGAUAAGUCUUUCGUUUCGUGUGUAUUGUUGUUGCGCUCAAAAUCGAUUUGAUAAAUUGUAAAAAAAAACAACCGAAACGAAAUAGAAACAAAAUCUCUGGCAAAACAUAAAUAGAAACUUAAAGAUAGAGAGAGAGAGAACGAACAAUAAAAAAACAACAUGAAAAUCUAUAAUAAUCGAGAGCUGAAAAGAAUAUAUCAAAACAAAGCAGGAACACAGAUAGAGCGAACGAUGCUUCAACACAUCGCUGGUUGAGCGAGCGCACCAUGAACACAUGUAUACACAUUGCAAUACGAUAAAAGACAGCAAUACUAGCAGAUACACGCUAUAAUCAAAUUUGCGUGCGCUUUGAGAGUGUUCGUGUGUGUGUGUGUGUGUGGAAGCGGCGAAUAUUUCGAAUAUAUAUAUAUUCAACAAAGGCAAAGCAUAUCUCCAUCGUCGGGCCAUUCGCUUGUUUGCCCAUUUGGUUCAGCGAACAAAACAUUGACAGAUUUUUGUUUUAGUUGUUUACGGGUGUCCAGCCAAAUCGGUGUUAUUUAUUUCAAUCGGUUUUUGCAUUUUUGCAAAUUCACAUAUAUAUAUGCAUAUAUGUAUAUUGUCUGUGGUUGCGCGUGGCCCAUUGUGUGAUCCCCACAAGUGGAUCCAUUGAAAGUUCAUGUGAAUUUUUUUUAUUGUUAGUAUAAAGAAUCUGUGCUCUUUGCUGCAUGAAUUCGAUAGAUUUUCUUUACUACAAAUUGACUGUAAUAAUUAUUUUUUUAAAAACGCCAAAUCGUGUUGCAAUCCACAUUUUUUGCUGACGUAAAUCAAACAGAGUGCAGUUGGCACUUAUAAAAUCAAAUUGCGAUAAAUAAAUUUAUUUUCGGAACUUUGUAUCACAAAGAAUACGACGACUACGACCAACGACGACGAUGACGACGAUGAUGAUGACAACAAAAACAGAAUAGUAAUAAUAAAACAAAUCGAUUGUCUUGUAAAUGAAUGAGAAAAAAAAAAGAACGAUUUUUGUUUUAUUGAAUGGGCAUACACACAGUGGGAAGCACAAAACUGAACCAAUGACGGUAAAAAUGCAGAAUUGAAACUGUGCACGUGUAUAUUGUCUCGUUCUCGGUGGCGUCUGUGUCAUAUUGACAACUACCAUAUAUUUCUUCAGUUCAAACUAAAUGAUCUGCGGUGCAUUUGAGAUUUCAUUUGCAAGUGAAAAGAAGUUCAAACAGUGACAAACAAAAAACAAAACAGUUUCUAUUUCUUUCGUUGACAAUUUUCGUUCUUAUCUGUGCAGUUCAUUCACAGAAGAAGAAGUAGAGAAAAAAAAACAUUCUCUCACUACUCUGUGUUUCUCUAUCGCGUGCACAAAAUAUAUUUUCUUAAUAAAUAUUUUAUUGAUGACGCGUGCAAGUUCUUGUUAGCACAUGUAAGAUAAACAACGAACACAAAAACAAUAAACGGUUCGUCAGUAUUUUGUGUUGGCAUUGUUUGCAUUUUUGAAUUGUAUGAGUGGACGUGCGACGCGCAUCAAUUCGGCGAAUUGCUUUGACUUUAUGUGGGGUUUUGAGCUCGCUUACUUGAUUAGCGGACACAUCAAUUGAAGGAAUGAAGACAGAACUUUGCUGUUGUGCUGCAUGCGGUGAACCAAUAUCGGAUAGAUACCUUCUUGAAGUCGGUGGUUGUACAUGGCAUGGAUCAUGUUUGCGAUGCUGCAUUUGCCUAUCGCCAUUGGAUCGUCAACCGUCUUGCUUUUUACGCGAACGUCAAGUCUACUGUAAAACAGAUUAUGCCAAGAAUUUUGGUGCAAAGUGCUCAAAAUGCUGCCGCGGUAUUUCAUCAUCGGAUUGGGUUCGACGAGCUAGAGAAUUGGUAUUUCAUUUGGCGUGUUUUGCGUGUGAUUCAUGCGGUCGUCAACUUUCAACCGGCGAACAAUUUGCAUUAUUAGACGAUCGAGUUUUGUGCAAAGCACAUUAUCUUGAAACGAUUGAUGGCGGCACGACAUCCAGCGACGAUGGAUGCGAUGCAGAUGGCUAUCAUAAAAGUAAAGCAAAACGCGUUCGAACCACCUUCACCGAAGAGCAACUGCAAGUAUUACAGGCCAAUUUUCAAAUUGAUAGCAAUCCAGAUGGACAGGAUUUAGAACGCAUUGCAUCAGUGACUGGGCUCAGUAAACGCGUUACACAAGUCUGGUUUCAAAAUUCAAGAGCACGCCAAAAGAAACACAUUCAUUCAGUUCCGAGAGAUAGCGAUGGAAACUCGUACAGCCGUCAUAUCAAUCUACAAUUGACAUACUCAUUUCAAAAUACAACACAUAAUUCGCUACAUAUAAAUAAUAACAACAAUCACAUUUCUAAUAAUAACAAUAAUAAUAAUAACAGUAAAACCCAUGAAUCAUCAUUAGACGAUUUAUCACAAGAUUCAAGCAUUCACUGCAUGCCAGCAGAAGUAUGAAACCAUUGACUGUGUGCAUAUUACAAUCAUGACGAAGAAUUUAAUAAAAUUAGAAAUUCAAUUUCACAUUUGACUUUAAGGUAAUAAAUUGAAAUGGGAUUUAAUUUGAAUUUAAAUACAACUAAUUAAUUUUGUUCCACAUUGUGGCCAAUUUUUCUCAGUCAGACGAAAAUAUGUUUAGCAAAAUGAAAUGCACGAAAUUCACAAUAAAUAUUUUCCUCUUACACACACGCACUAAAUAAGUAUCAUUUCACUCUCUUUUCUUUUCAAAAUAAAUCCCAUCAAUUUCCCAGACUCAUUGGCGAGAGCAUUAAAUUGUAGAACAAAAGAAAACUGUGGAUCUUCAUAACUUUAAUUAGAUUUCAAUGUAUUAUUAUGAUUACAUUAAUACCUUUUUACCUUUCGCUAUACAUCCCAACGGCAUCAAUCUCCAUAAACUGGCAUUUAUAGAAUUAAAUAAAUAUAUAUGUAUUUCAAGUAAAUAAAAAUGAUGUGAU